GUCAUUCAUCAACAUACACUCACACAUACAAGUUACUCGCGAUCCAACUGCCGACCGCGCGCCUGUUUACAAUUCUACAUUCUGUACGUAGUGACUUCACGGCAAGAACCCGUGUCUGUGAUUUAUUUAAUUUAUUAUUAUUAUAUAGAAUAAAUAGUUAUAAUAGUUCAAUCAUGGCCACCAACAGAGCAGCUAAAUCUGGAUUUGCCGCCGAAGCUCAGAGAAAGAUCAACAGCAAAUACAGCGAGGAGCUCGCCCAAGAAUGCUUGCUCUGGAUUCAGCAGAUCACAAACGCACCCGAGAACACUUCCGGGGACAUGGACAACUUCUAUGAUGUCCUGAAGGAUGGAACAUUGUUGUGCAAGUUAGUAAACAACAUUCAACCGGGGUUGGUGAAGAAAGUGAACGAGUCCAAAAUGGCGUUUAAGUGUAUGGAGAACAUCAACGCCUUCCUCGAAGCUGCGAGGCAGCUCGGAGUACCAGCUCAAGAGACCUUCCAAACUGUCGACCUCUGGGAAAGGCAGAAUCUAAACUCUGUUGUCAUUUGUCUGCAGUCUUUGGGCAGAAAGGCCGGAAACUUUGGCAAGCCUUCAAUAGGACCCAAGGAGGCCGAGAAGAACAUUCGGAAUUUCACAGAGGAGCAACUGAGGGCUGGACAGGGCGUGAUCUCACUCCAAUACGGGUCUAACAAAGGCGCCACACAGAGUGGUAUUAAUUUUGGCAACACGAGACACAUGUAAGCUAAGGCAUACAUUGGGUAUAUGUAAGCUUUCAGAAACUAAGGAUUGAUUGACGUUAAGACAUGCUUUUAGUCGAGAUUUUAUGUAACUAUUACAAUAAUUGUUAGCUAGUCUAUUUAAGCUGGCCAAUGCUGAUAGCUUAUUGUGCCAAUUAGUUCGGUACGUUCUUUUAAUAAAGUAACUCGUGAAGGUCAUAUUAUUAAAGCCAAUUAAAAAUUCACCUUACUUUCUGCUUUCUUGUAAUUAAGUAAUCUAUUAAUAAAUUUGUCUUUUAUGCGUUACAUAACACUCGACUUCCUUUACAUGAAACACACAAUUGUAUCAAUUAAUUAAAUAAAUAGUAAUAUAAAAUAUUAAAGCAUUCCCAACGUAAAAUAUCUUCCAAUAUUAAUAGGUGUGUACUGUUCUUAGAAUUUUAUAAAUAUAAUAUGUAAUAUCUAUCUGGUAGAGAAUUUGUUUCUCGUUAGCUAGUUAUUACAAAAUCAAACAGUUAUACAAAACUUUGUUAUUAGUCUGUAAAAGAUAAGCAUUUAAUAACUAUUCCGAAUUCAUUCCAUUUUGGAUUGUAUUUUUGUGCUGUUUUUUUAAUGUUGAUAUUAAAAAUAUGUUUUAUUUUUAUUUAUGCGUUUAAAUAAGUUGGCUAGCGUUUUAUAUUAUUAUUAAUAAUUUCUUUCAUUAUUAUGUAAGCAUUCCAUUUAUUCUCUCAUAGUAAUUGUGCCAAUGUCUGACAUUCCUUUAUAUAAACAGUACAAUUGUUAGAAUUAUAAAUUCUUCAAAAUAUAAGUACUUAAUAUUGUGCCUUCGUACUCCAUAGGAGUCAUAUUCUUUGACGGUGUCUACAAGAGAAUUCAAAAUAUAUUGGCUUCAAAUUAAAUAUAACAUACAACUACCUUGUAUAUUGUUUACUUUGAAUAUUAACAAAUCAUUCCAUAUUUAUAUAAUGUGUUAGUAUAAUUAUUAUACUGUGAUUGAUCAUUUUGUAAAGACACUAUUAUUAUAAUUAUAUAUUUUCAUAUUAAUAUGUAUUUGACGAUGCGUAAACAUGAUUUAUUACAGAUAGAAUGUAAGUUUCAUGAAGCACUCAUUUUGUGUAACUUUAUGGAAGUACGUAGAAUAAAUAAGUAUAAAUAUAAAUAA